CUUCCCCAUUCCCCAUUCCCCCCCACCCCCCUCUCCCUUCUCCACAACCAUCAACUUAGGGUUGUCAACUCAUCUUCCCCAAUUCCCAAUUCCCCAAUUCCUCAAUUCCCGAUCUUUCUUUCUUUCUUUCUUUCUUUCUUUCUUCCCAUGGACAAACCCCACGAUCCCCCUCUCGAUUUCUACAAACCCCGUCUUCAAUCUCAUGACCCUCACCCACCUCCUCCCCCUCUUUCCGCCAAUUCUAUUCCUCCUCCUCCUCUUCCUCCUCCUCCUGACCUUAUGGACCUCGAUCCUUCCUCAACUAACCCACGUGUCCAUGAUUCCCAGCUCCCUGAUUCUAACCUUAAUGCUCAAUUGAAAGACAAAGUUGUUGUUGUUGUUGGGGCUCGUCGACGAGGUCGUCCUCCUCGUGCUCAACUUAAUCUACCUCCGCCUCCCUUGAGACAGAAGAAGGAUGAGGAGGAUGUUUGUUUUAUUUGCUUUGAUGGUGGAAGCCUUGUUCUCUGUGAUCGUCGAGGGUGCCCAAAGGCUUAUCAUCCAUCAUGCAUUAAGCGAGAUGAAUCAUUCUUUCGAUCUAAGGCUAAAUGGAAUUGUGGAUGGCACAUAUGCACAAGUUGCCAGAAGGCUUCCUAUUAUAUGUGCUAUACAUGCCCCUUUUCUCUGUGCAAAGGAUGUAUUAAAGGUGCUGAUUAUCAGUGUGUUAGGGGAAGCAAAGGGUUCUGUGGAACUUGUAUGAAAAUAAUAAUGCUAAUUGAGAAAAGGGCACCUGAUGGAGAAUCGGUUCAAGUUGAUUUUGAUGACAAAAGUAGCUGGGAGUAUCUUUUUAAAGUGUAUUGGAUUUAUUUGAAGGAGAAACUUUCUUUAACUGUGGAUGAGCUAGUUCGAGCUAAAAAUUCAUGGCAAGGAAGCACUAUCAUGGACCAUAAGGUGGGUCCUAAUGAGCUUCUCAAUGGCAGUAUUGAUAAAAGCCAAGGAGCUCAUAAUUCAUAUAGAAACCCAAAAUCACAGAGGAAAAGGCCUAACAGGCAACAAGGGUCUCUGAAUAAAUUCAGUUCCUUGGUGGACAGGCCAAGUAGUAACGAGCAAUUUUCUGGAAGCACAAAAUGGGGAACUACAGAGCUCAUGGACUUAGUUGCACAUAUGAGAAAUGGUGAUACAACCAGGCUUUCACCAUUAGAUGUACAAGCUUUACUGCUGGAAUAUGUGAAGAAAAAUAAUCUUCGUGAUCCUCAACAGCAAUCCCAAAUUAUUUGUGAUUUCAGGCUUACCAAUCUAUUUGGGAAAUCACGGAUAGGUCACUUUGAGAUGCUAAAUCUUCUUCAGUCUCAUGUACACGGAAAAGAAACUGCAGCUGAUAAUGUAACCAGCUCAGGAGCUGGUACAGUGAUCAAUCCAGUUGAAAGCAAAGAGAAGCAUGAUUCUGAAUCAGUGGAUGACUGUGAAAGAAAGCAUAAAACAAACAAGAAAGCUGAUGAGAGUAGGGAGCAAUUACAUGCUAUUGCAGAUGAAUAUGCUGCAAUUGACGCUCAGAACAUUAACUUGAUUUACUUGCGGCGUGAUUUGAUAAUGAGCCUAAUUGAUGAUGAGAAAAAAUUUAAUGACAUGGUCGUAGGCUCUAUUGUGAGGAUACAGAUUCCAAAUAAUGAUGAAAAGCAUGAUUUUCAUAGGCUUGUCCAAGUUGUAGGCACAAGCAAGAUCUCGACACCAUACACAGUGGGUGAAAAAACAAUUGAUGCGAUGCUUGAUAUAUUAAACUUGGACAAGAGAGAGUCCGUGUCCAUUGAGGGGAUUUCUAACCAAGAAUUUACUGAGGAAGAAUGUAGGCGUCUACGCCGGAGCAUAAAGUGUGGGCUUGUCAAACGAUUCAGUGUUAGUGAAAUUUUGGACAAGGGAAGGGAACUUCAUGCAUUGAAGAUUAAUGAUAUGCUCCAAAAAGAGAUCUCUCGGCUCACUCAACUCCAUGUUCAAGCAAGUGAGAAGGGCAACGUAGAUGAAUUAAGAGAUGUUGCGGAGAGGUUACAACGUCUAAAGUCACCUGGUGAAGAACACCAACAUAGGCUUCUUGAAAUUCUCGAAGUACGAUCUGAUCCAACUAUGGAUCCAAGUUAUGAGUCUGAAGAAGAUAAGGAUGAAUCAAACAAGAAAAGACAAGGAAGUCUCAAGAGAUCUAGAAAUUGUGAUUUUGAUGACAAAGAGGUGGAGCUUACCUCACCGCGAAGAGGAACCAAUUCAAAUGUUUGUGGAAUUGAUGUACAGAAAAAUUUGACUAGCACUUCAGAGCAAAGUAGAAAUAUUAGCUUAACUGCUCACGUAAAUAAAGAAGAGGAAUGCUUGCCCAGUGACAGGAUUUGCGAAACAUCGUUGGCUGGAAGAGGUCUUGUACCAAAUAACUGGAAUGUACCUAGCCAGGCUGAAACUGCCACUCCUGUGUCCUCUGAUGGGAAUUAUCAAGUGGUCUUACCUGAAGCCUCAAUUCCGCCACUUUCUAUUGGGUUAGGAAGUUCGUCCAAUGAUGCAGAAGUGGAACGGAUAUGGCAAUACCAGGAUCCAACUGGAAAAGUUCAAGGUCCAUUUUCUAUGACGCAGUUACGCAAUUGGAACAAUAGUGGACACUUCACUCCUGAUCUUAGAGUAUGGAGGAUAACAGAAUCACAAAACGACUCUGUGCUGUUAACCAAUGCAUUAAAUGGAUGUUACAACAAAGCAUCUUCCAUUUGGCAGCCCAACAAUCAUCUUCUAAGUCUAGGGCGAGGAAGUGGGCUUUCUUUAGGUGGUUCAGAUAAUCAUCAUAAUGGCCAAAGUAAUGGAGUUACUGAUUCUAGUACAAAUUUUGUUCGGUUUGGUAUUGAUUCUACCAAGAAUAGAAACUCUGAGCAGAAAGAUCAUAUUGCAGUUUGUGAUGCUGAAAAUGAGCCCAUGAUGAGCACCGGUUCAAGUUCACCUUCUAAAGAUUUUUGUGCUCCUGCAGAUACCGUCAACUCUAUUCAGUCUCCUAGGAAUCUUGAGGUAGCACACGAACCGUUGAAGAACAGCAGUUCGUGGUCCUACCCAUCCCUUAUGAAUUUACUUUCCUCUGCUACAUUAUCUUUACAACCGCCAGUGACUGAAGUCCAUGAGGCCAAGGAAAACCACAGCCCCAAUAAUGAGGAUCAGAAUUCACAGACCAUUAGUUUGGGAGGAAUUCAUAGUCAACCCGGUCGCAAGAAACGGUCUAAUAGUGAAGAUUGUUCUAGUCAAUCUUCUGGACAAAACUGGAUUGCUCCACCUGCAGCAGAUGCUUCCUCUCGGGAAUGGAACUCUAAUUGUAGUGGUCUUUCUUUGAUGGGUUCAUUCAAUCCUUCAGAGAAAAUCCGAGAAAUUUUACCCGAUAUUACUCUUCAUUCUGCCCCAAAACCAAUGACUGGAGAUGUUGACAUUAAACAAUCUGCAUCUUCAAGUGUUCUUGUUCAGAAUUCUGGCCCUAGCUGGAGUAGUGCAGGUGGAUGGGGGGAUGGUUAUAUGGCUGCACCAGGUAGACCUAUUGAGGACUUGAACUCGAGUUUUGGUCUGAAAUCAUCUGAUAUAAUUGAUGACCACGAAACAACUGGGGCUACAAUAAAUUGGGGGGCAAUUGAUGAUGAUUCCAACGACUUCAAUUCCUUGGUUGAUGAAUCUGUCUCAGAUUUGUUAGCAGAAGUCGAAGCAAUGGAAUGCUUGAGCGGUUUGGCUUCCUCAGCAUCAAUGAUGAAUUGUAGCGAGGGACUAACUCGGGACUCUAGAACUGAUUGUUUCUUCUCGGUGGAUGGUUUCAAUCCAGCAGCUGAGAUGGGGAAGGUGGAUGCAUUAAGCUCCACAGCCAAUAUGCAGUUUCCAUAUCACAUCAGAGUGAAAGAUGAGCAACCUUGAACUGCAGACACGUGAUGAUUCUUCAACUGAUAAUCAAGUCGAGGGACAAGAAUCCAUGUACUAUAUCACGAAACCAAUCUGAAACUCUGACAAAAAAAACCUACGGGAACUUCCCUAGAACUUUGGCUUUAUGCAGGAAUAUUGUGGAAAUAAGAUUGGCAACAUUUAUACAAGUGAAAAGCUCGAUAGACAUUUCUACAACAGAUCCUGGAAUGGCCAAAUGAGCAAUUGUUUUAACACAUCUGUCUAGUUCGAGAAAUCAAGGUUCAGUGUAGUUGUAGAUCUCUCAUGUGGAACAGCCAGCUGCCCUGCCGAACACAAAGGGGAAAAUAGAUGAUCUUCUUUCCAGCCGCCACCCAAAGGGGAGCGGAGUGUGUAAAUAUAAUUAUGGAGGAAAUGGUAAUAUGUGAUAGAGGGAGGUCCAUGCAUUUUUUUUAGCAUCUGUAAUAGAUAGUUCCAUUGCUAUACACUGCACAUUUGGUUUUUACAUUCAUUAUUGGAACUGGAAAAUCAGCUGUUUAACAUUGUUGUAAUUUUAACAUGAAAAAACUUGCACAAUUUAGAAGGCCUGUGGAAUAAUAUGCAUAUCAAUAAUACCUGAUUGUUUAGACUACA